AAGUGUUCGGUGGUGGGCAACGGAGGUGUCCUGAAGCACAGCGGCUGUGGGAAGGACAUUGACCAGGCUGACUUUGUCAUGCGGUAAGAGAGGGGCUGUCCGCUCCAGUGCCCGUCCAAAUAUGAUUUGGCUGUCCCACGCUCGCCGGUGCCAGAAAGAGCAGCCAAAGAAGAGAGAGAGAGAGAGAGAGAGAGAGAGACAGACAGACAGACAGACAGACAGACAGACAGACAGACAGACAGACAGACAGACAGACAGACAGACAGACAGACAGACAGACAGACAGACAGACAGACAGACAGACAGACAGACAGACAGACAGACAGAGACUUGAGGAGAAACAAGAUAGGGUUUGAUUUGAUUUAGUUGACUAGGCUAGUUCUACCUGGGAUCACUGUUGUCCCCCUCAUCUCAGGCAUGCCUGGCUGGCUUAAACCAGGCUUAAACUAGGCUUGAACCUGGGAAAGGCAAGACUAAAAUAAUAGGAUUGCUUUGGAGCUCCAUCUCCAACCAAAGCCUAUAGCCUCACUGACUGCCUGACUGGAAGUUUGGACAAAUGUUAUCGUUUUGUUAUAACUGUGGUAUCACAAUGUGUUAUCAUUUAUUGCCAAGAAAAGGCAAGACAAAAAGCUAAAAGCUAGUUCUAUUCUGAAAGCAAAAUCACGAAGAACCACUAUCUGCAAUCCUGACCAAGUUCUCAAGUAGUAAAUGCUUUAUGGUCACUGUAAAGUCACUAUCAGUAUAUUAAUGCACAUGUGUACUUAUGUUUCUCAUAUCUAGGUGCAACCUUCCACCACUGUCUAGGGAGUAUGUUGAGGAUGUGGGGACCAGAACUCACCUGGUGACAGCCAACCCCAGCAUCAUUGAGAAGAGGUACACUCCUUUCCUUUCAAAACUGCUGUUGACUGUAAAAUAUAUGGAUGUGUGGGACAGCAUCCAAGUCCUCUCCUUUUCAGUCCACUCCCUCUUUCUCUCUAUCCUUCCUCUCUACUAAUCUCUUUCGCACUCUCUCCCCACCGCAUCGCCUUUCUCUCUCUCUCCCAUUAUCGCUCUCUCUCUUUCAGCUCUCCUCUCUUCAGUGUAGGUAUCUUCGCUCAACGAGCUGCGAGGCUAGGGAGGGCGCGGAGACGAGGCCGGCGAUGAUGAUGAAGCGCUGCGAGAGCGUGCUCUCGGGAUGCGCUCUAGCUGCCGCUCUCUACUCGCGCUCUCAGUCUAGCUCCUGACAUCUAUAAUCCGCUCUUCUCUCUCUCUAUUCGAUCUCGAACCCUCGCUCCAGCCCAUGAGCGCGCUAGAUUCUCAGCGGCUAUUGUCUCAGCUCAGCAGGCGCUGCGAGAAUCAUUCUAGCGCGGCAACGCCCGAGGCUCAGACCCGAGAGAGAGAGAGAAGAGAAGAGGAGAGAGAGAGGAGAGGGAGCACGAGAUUAAGACAAAGAGAUAAGAGAGAGAGCGAAAUGCUCUCUCUGCUCACCCUUCUCAUCUCUCUUCUCUCAUUUUCUCUCCUCAUCUUCUCACUUCUAUUCGCUACUCUCUCAUUGCUAUCUUCUAUCCUCGUCUCUCCUUAUGCUAUCUCCUCUCAGCCCUAUCUCUUGUCUUGUCCUAGCUGCAGAUUUCCUCAUCCAGACUGGUGUUUUAUAGAGGAGCCAUGAUACGGAGCCAAAACGUAUGUGAAUGUUGUCUUGUUCUUCUAUUGUCGUGGGGACCUGAAAUCCCCAAAUGUCCCCACAAGGAUAGUAAAACAAGGAAAAUUCUCCCUCAUGGCGACAUUUCCCAAGUCCCCAUGAGGACAAAGUCUAUUUUAAGCUUAGCGGUUAAGUUUAGGGUUAGGGUAACACUUAGGGUUAGAAUAGGCGAUAUGCACAGGCGAGCAUGACGUAUUUCCGGUUAAAUCUCAGGAUGGAUGUAAACUUCCGGUUAUCGUAGAAUGCUGUGCUACCGUAUGCUAGCAUUGAAUGCUUGUCGUCAAAAACAUCCGAAACUGUUAAUUUUCAUUGUUGUUGUUGUUUAUCUUAAUGUUUAUGUUAAUGUUUUUACUUGUAAUACUUCGUCUUGACUUAUAACACGAUGACGUGUAAACGUACGAAAGUGUCCUUUCAAAAACGGGAUGACAGCUCCUCCAGCCAUCACUGCUGUGUGCCGCAAUGUACAGUGUCUGCCAGAUGCAAUUCUUCUGUUAGUUUUUUUACUUUUCCCAAAGACAGUGAAUUACAUAAACGGUGGGUGAUUAACAUUCGACGAGUCAACUUUCUUACAACAAACACACGAGUCUGCAGCCGACACUUUCUAAGUGAAGAUGUGAUAGAGCAGGGGUGUCAAACUCAUUUUAGCUCAGGGGCCACAUGGAGGAAAAUCUAUUCCCAAGUGGGCCGGACCGGAAAAAUCAUGGUAUAUAUAACUUAAAAACAACAACUUCAGAUUGUUUUCUUUGUUUUAAUACGAUCAACAUACAACAUAAAGCUGGAGCCUGAGGACAGUGUGUCCAAAAUAGUACAAGCACAACAUCACUAUUGAUCAUAAAACGCGUCAAGUUUAUUUGAAAAUUCUAAAGAAAAAGAACACACAAACACACAAUGGCUCAGUGAUUAACAGAACUGUUUCACAGAUCACAGAACUAUAUCAGGGUGUCAUUUCUCAGGCAGAAAUGUAGAUAGAAAUAAUGAAAUCCUGUUCCCCAAACAAGUGCAAGAACCACAGAGUCAAGAAUAGGUUAAGUAUACAAAUAAAAUAAAAUCAAUUAAAAACAAUAGCACAUCAACAUAAAAACAUAUAAACAUAAAUCUGAAAGCGUUGCUCAAACUCCCGUAACAGUCCCGUUAUUUUAUCUUUGAACCGCUUCAUGUCUGCCACAUGUUGGGUCGCGCACACAUUUUUCAGACAGGGGAAGUGAGCUGCAUCACCACCGGCAAGUUGCGUCUCCCACAAUGACAGCUUCAACUUGAAAGAACGUAUGCUGUCAUAAUACUGCGUGACAACUUUGUUGCGCCCUUGCAGCUGUUUGUUCAAGUUAUUCAGGUGCUCUGUAACAUCCACCAUAAAUGCAAGGUCCUGCAUCCAUUCUGCGGAAUGAAAUUCUAACACUGGUUUGCCCUUUUCUUCCAUGAACUGUUCAAUUUCUUCUCGUAAAUCAAAGAAACGCCUCAGCACAGCACCUCGGCUUAACCAUCUUACCUCAGUGUGGUAUGGCAGGCCAUAGAUGUGGUCUUUCUCUCUGAGAAGGCUGUCAAACUGACGGUGAUUCAGGCUUCUGGAUCGGAUGAAAUUAACAGUUUGGAUGACCACCUUCAUGACGUUAUCCAUCUUUAAUGACUUGCAACACAAAGCCUCCUGGUGCAAAAUACAGUGAAAAGUCAAAAAAUCGCGUCCUCCAUUUGCAGAUUGCACUUUCUCUCUGAACUUUGUCACAACGCCUGCUUUUUUCCCGAUCAUUGAGGGCGCACCAUCUGUAGCCAGGCUGACAGCGCGGGACCAGUCCACUCCGACCCUGUCCAGCGUGCCGACGAGUGCGGUAAAAAUAUCAGCUGCUGUCGCUGCAUCUGUCAUCGGCACCAACUCCACGAACUCCUCGGUGACGGUCAAUGUGUCAUCAACUCCGCGGAUGAAAAUGGCCAGUUGUGCAACAUCUGUAAUGUUCGUGCUUUCAUCAAUUGCAACCGAAAACGCAAUAAAUGACUUUACUUGCUCUGCCCCGGUAUAAACAGUUUGCUUGCUUAACACAAUUGCUAUUGCGCCAUCCAGUGGACGCAAUUGGAACAGCAGUUCAUUUUAUUGAAAAAUUGUAGCGCAGUUUUAUACUUUACUAAAUUAUUAUUAUUAUUAUUAUUUUUUUUUUUUUUUAUCAUCUCGCGGGCCGGAUUAAACCCGUUUGCGGGCCUGAUCCGGCCCGCGGGCCGGACCUUUGACACCCCUGUGAUAGAGCCUCCGACGGAGAGAUGCUAGAAUGCAUGUGACACAACGGUCUGGUAUUGAAAUGAUACAAACCAUUGUUCGUGGUUUAUGCCACUUCUGCUCUGUUUCAGUGCACGAAAGUACAGGAGGGACGACAGACAUGCCACAUUCAGAGUAAUGGGCAGUCUGAUAUAGUAAUGCAACCAAAUGAUUGCAUAUCCCACACCCAGCCACACAGGAACAGUAGCUUUUAACAAGCACAACUGGCUGUGAAUCACGCAAUGUCAUCUGAAAUACACAGAAGCAUAAUUUAAUGGGUUUUGAAAGACGAGGGUCUACAGCAGCAGGAGUAGGAGCAAAACUUGUUCUUUCUACUUUUUACUGGUGUAAGCAACUUAUCUACUGUCUCGUGUCACUUUUGUGCUUUCUGCAUCACUUUCCUACUGUCUUGCACCACUUGGCUAUACUGUCUCCCACCACUUACCUAUUGUCUUGUGCCAUUUACUUACCUUCAAACAUUAUUGACAGAGCAGUAGGUGAGUGGUGCAACAUUGUAGCCUAGUACCAAUAACAACAGUAGAGUGAAGGUUUUGCUCCUAAUUCCUCUUGAAAAGUAGAAACAUCAAGUACAAAAGCAAGGAAGUUGGGCCAUAUGUUUAUAAAGAAAGAAGUAAAGAUGACAGGACCGUUUUGAGUAGAACAUCAGCAGUUUGAAGAAUAGCUGAGUGGAAUAUGUUACUGUCAUUGCAGUCAUCAAGUCAGGAAAAAGUAGUAAUCUCAUUAUUGUUUACAUUUCAAACCAAACUCCAAUUUGUUUACAACAGACCCAACAACAAAGCAUGGCAAUUCCCACUCAGCUACCCUGGUCUGUAUUAGGCUACCACUGUUCAGCUACCGUGAAAACCACUAAAGUUCUAAAGUGUUCUCUUAGCAAUGGCAAUCAAAGCUGUGGUAACAUUAAACGAGUAAAACAUGUGUUGAACGGAACCUUGAACAAGUUCAACAGAACUUUGAACGUGUCACUUAAUCUAGUCCUACUCUCAGCUGGUGUGGUGGGUUUAGUUUCUUCAUUGAGCGGUAGCAGUGGGCUCUCACAGAGAUCUCAUUUGUAGCCCUGUUUUUACCUGAUACUUUCAUAAAAGUACAAACACAUGAAGUGAGGUAUAUACACAUGAUUAAACUUUAUUUAAAGCAUUGAUUGAUUUAAAGCAUGAUUAACCUGAAGCAGGACGGAGUCAUGACUUAAAACACCAAAGCAAGGCUUCUAGCUCAGGCUAGCUAGCGUUAGCAUAUUACCUUCAAAGUUGCAAAGAAAAGAAGAAACGUAACAUUUGAAGCCUUUAUCCAGUUUGCUACGUGGUGUCGUACUGGAUGUCCGGACGACCCUCCGUAUAUCAUUAACAGAUACUUUAGGCAACUCCAGCAAACACCUUGUAAACUUCAUCUCUGCCAUCAUAACGGUCUACUGUCACUGUCUAAUGUUUUUUUGCGGUAACCGGAAAUGUCCAAGCAUCCUUACGCCAAUGCGGAAGUGAUGCGUGCAUAGAGCCUAUUUGCAUUUUAUUGCAUGACAUAAGUAUUUGAUCACCUACCAACCAGUAAGAAUUCCGGAUCUCACAUACGAGUUAGUUUUUCUUUAAGAAGCCCUCCUGUUCUCCACUCACGCCAAUGCGGAAGUGAUGCGUGCAUAGAGCCCAUAGGGAAUUAGAAUCCCCACAAGGAUAGAAGAACAAGUGUGUGUGAACAGAGCCUCUUUGUGUCUGUUUAUAAUCCUACUCUGUGCAGCAUCUGUAGUGUAGACAGGCAAAACCGGAAGACUUAUGCUGGAAUUCAAGCCUGUUUUCUGCAAUGUGUUUCCUCUCAGCGUGUUUCUGAACCGUGUUAUUGCUAACACACCCCCAUGCUGCUUUCCUCAUCUCUGUGCAUUUAACGAUUGAUAAAGUCUCGGUGACAUUAUCAUUGGACGUUGGCACAACGUCACUCCUGUCCUCAAGACAUUUUGUUGAUAUUUUGAAGCCCAAUCACGGUGAGGGCAGGUAGGCUGUACUGUAUAUUGUUGACAUUUGGGGUGCUUCAAAAUGCAAUGCAGUACAAUUGAAUCCCCGCCUCCACAAGCAGCUACACCCACAUGUACAACACAUAUGGUAUGAAAUAUCCUGAGAGGACAUGCCAUAAUACCAUAAUCCAUAAAUACCCAUGGAAUGAGGGGGGCAGUUCUAUCUGGACUCUACAGAUACUUCCAGAACCCAUUUCACACGACAUCCACAGUAGAUUUAGCCUGGAAUGCAUGACCAGAUCAAAUUGAUUUACUAAAAGAAUCACCCUCUGUUUUUCCUCACGUCAUAACGUAUGCCUGUGACUGUAGUGUGUGUGUGUGUUCUUGUGUGUGUGUGUAUCCCCGUGACUCUACUGGCAUAGAGUUUAGAUUUCCGAAGGCGACAUUAGCAUGGAUACACCGUAGUCACCAUAAUAAUAUAAUGACUAGAACAGAGAAAGCCCCUCUGACCAGAGCAAUUUAAAGGUGCAAUAUGCAGAUAUCGCUCUGCCAUUUCCUGGUUGCUAAAAUUCUAAUAGUUUGCCUAAUUUCAGUUUGUGACAAAACAAGUAUAGUGUAGAGAAUCUAAACCACUGUGAAAUAUAUUUUCCAUAACCAAAAAUAUUUUUAGCUGUUUGAAGCUGUUUAACAAAACAAAAAGUAAAAGACGCAAAAACUAAACUUAAGAACGGAAAGCAUAGAAAAUGGCACAUAGAACUUAUAUACCGCUUCUUAGACUUGCUUUCAAUGAGAAUGACAGAUCUAUAGCACAUUUCUAUGUGAAUUUGGUCAGGUCUACCAAAAACGUACAUAUUGCAGCUUUAACAGUACACUCAUGGGUACACCAAUAUGGCCACCGGUCCACCCGUCAUGGAACGUUGACUGGGUAUGUCCGUUCUAUAGGUUCUAUUUCUAUGGUACUCACACACUCUCAUCUCUAUCUCUCUCUCUCUCUCUCCCUACUCAGGUUCCAGAACCUUCUUUGGUCGCGGAAAGGCUUUGUGGAGAGCAUGAAGGCCUACGGCUCCAGCUACAUCUACAUGCCAGCCUUCUCCAUGAAGCCGGGCACCGACCCCUCCCUGCGGGCAUACUACGCCCUGGCCGACACCUCGUCCAACCUCACCAUGCUGUUUGCGAACCCCGAGUUUCUCAGGACCGUGGGCAAGUUCUGGAAGGGUCGCGGAGUGCACGCCAAGCGCCUGUCCACAGGCCUCUUCCUGGUCAGCCUGGCACUGGGGCUGUGUGAGGAGGUGACGGCCUAUGGCUUCUGGCCGUUCAGCGUGGGGCUUGACAAGCAGCCCGUCAGCCACCACUACUACGAUAACGUGCUGCCGUUCAGCGGGUUCCACGCCAUGCCUGAGGAAUUUGUCCAGCUCUGGCAGCUGCACAAGAGCGGCACACUGCGUUUGAGGGUGGGACACUGCCCCCCCCGGGAAGGGGGCAUAUAA